CGCACGCAGUGCAGAGAAUAAUCGUAAUUUGCAAUUUGUUUGCUUUAAAAUGUCUGAAACCGAUGUCGAAUCUACUGUGGUGGUGUCAGAGGCGGCUGUGGUGCCUAUAGAAACUGCCAUUGACGAAAUAUGGGAGGAAGAAGGAGUGGCUGACGUAGCCUAUCAGCAAGCCAAUGAGUGGCCUGAAAUCAAGCUUUUCGGCCGCUGGGCCUGCGAUGACAUAUCCAUAGGUGAUAUUUCGUUGCAAGACUACAUUGCCGUGAAGGAGAAGUUCGCUCGCUACUUGCCGCACUCGGCGGGACGCUAUGCGGCCAAACGCUUCCGCAAAGCUCAAUGCCCAAUUGUGGAGCGCCUUACCUGCGGUCUGAUGAUGAAGGGUCGCAGUAACGGCAAGAAACUUCUGGCUUGUCGCAUCGUAAAGCACGCAUUUGAGAUCAUUCACUUGCUGACUUCUGAAAAUCCAUUGCAAGUGACUGUUAAUGCGAUUGUCAACUCUGGGCCACGUGAGGACUCUACACGCAUUGGACGCGCUGGAACUGUGCGCCGUCAGGCUGUGGAUGUCUCGCCAUUGCGUCGCGUCAAUCAGGCUAUCUGGUUGAUUUGCACUGGGGCACGUGAGGCGGCUUUCCGCAACAUCAAAACCGUGGCCGAGUGCCUGGCCGAUGAGCUGAUCAAUGCCGCCAAGGGAUCGUCCAACUCGUAUGCAAUCAAGAAGAAGGAUGAGCUGGAGCGUGUGGCCAAAUCGAAUCGUUAAAUUGCCCAUCUCAUUGUUAAUACAGACAUACAUAUGCGCUAUGUAUGCACACAUUCCACAAAUGUAACUGUAAAUACAGUGUUGUAUUUUCGAAACCAUA